GGUCAAUCUCGAUCAGAAGAAUUCCAUCCACGUUCAUCCCACCUACUUAGGAAUAUCUAGACUUAUUUUAACUAAACUAUUGCAGUUUUUAAUACGCUUGACUGUGAUUUGAGAGAGAUUUGGCUGUUAUUUCUAGCAAAUCGAACAUUGCAUGGAAACUCUCCCUCUAUCUCACUCGUUGAUUUGUUUUCCUUCCUGUAUUUAUUUAGUUAACACCGUCUGGUAUAAAGCGGCUAUCCAAAAUGUUUCUAAUUCCACUGUUUGAAUUAAUUCUGUUUCUAUUUCAUUGUCUUUUGUUAAAACUUCCGUCAACAACUGUCAACGUUGUUCUACUUGUUUCGUUGUUCUCAUAUUAGUCCUGAUCAAGCAGAUUUAGGAAUGUAAACAUUCUGUUGUGAUCACCACAUCUUUCUUUUCUUUUAAUUUUUUUUUAUCAAACAUAGUAUUGUAUCUAGAACUAGAUCAUUUAAACUCAUUAUUUAAACAAUAGGAUGAGAUUUGAGGGUGAUUUUGCUGUUAUUUCUAGUAUAUAGAGAGACCAUAUAAAGGUUUCCUUGUUUCGACCGCUUACGUACACCAUCUAAAUAUAUUUUUGGCAUUUCUCAGAAAUUUCCUCGAAUGAUUGACUUUAAUUAAUCUAAAAAUGUUGUUACUAUCGUAUUUUUCUCUACUUUUCUAAAUGUUAUUUCCCAAAUUUGCGACAUUAAGACUAACAAUAGCAAAGAAAAGGGUGCUUUCAUGUGGUAAUUCGACCCACUAGAAAUAGCAGCCAAAUCUCACUCGUCAUACUCCACCGUCUUAAAAAGUGAGGGACUAUAUAUCAGAUAAUCUUUAUUUCAUUCACACUGCAUAUGAAUAAGUAUGGUCGAGUUUGGAACGUCACCGAUCAUAGUUCUGAUCGGUCAGUGCUGGCCCUGGGUUAUGGACAUUUGAAGAACAAAUUGUUUCCUUAUAGUACUUCUGAAAUUAUCUUUUCCUCUGUGUCGGAUUAACUGAUAUAGUUAUUCACUUUGGGGCCUCACAGCCUGUAGAGACCUCAGAUUAAUUAAAAGGUGCUUUUAGUUUUUGUGAGACUUUUAAGCCUGAUUUUUAAAAAACUUGUAGCUUCCAAGUUUUAUAUAGCUUAGCGGGUGGAAUAUCCGUCACUACCACUUGGAGAAGGAAAAGGGAAUGGAAUUAGGGCGCAAAAAAUAUUUUAAAAUUUGAAAAAUUUUGAGAAAAAAAAAUCUUCUGGAAUCCUAAUCUUCGUUGUAUGAAACACCAGAAUGCUAAAAAAAUCAAGGGGAAAAAAAUUCCAAUUCCUUAGCCUUAUGCUUCUCCAUGUGCUAUUCAUAGCUUUUCCGAAAGUCGGUUACUUAGGGCAUUGAUUUUCCCUUACGAACACCAAUUUAAUUACCUGAAAAGUCGUAAUUGCUUCUAUUCGCCAGUAUAGAAAAAUUUGCGCGUGUCUUAUGAAGAAGAUAAAGCGGCUAAUGUUGAUCAUAGUCGGUUUCAUGGGUGACUGGAUUCCUGCUUGAGCUGCUUUCCUCCUCCUCCUCCUCCUUGAAGAUGCAGUCAGUGUUCAUUACCCUUUGUCUGCAGUUUAGCAUUUUCCCGCAUCAGUUGUCAUCUUGGAAGUUGAUACCAGACAAAAGAAACUGAAGCACUCAGAUACAGUUAAGGAAAAUGGCCAACUGCUACUCCCAUCUGCUGGUGCACCAUCCUUAUGCAGUGCUGACAAUAAUAACUGUAUUUGGAACUGCAGCUUUACUGAUCUCUUGUUUCUUCAGUAAAGGUUUUGACUUUGAGCAACCUCGAGCUGGAUUUGAAACUCGAGGGACAGAAAUAAGCAACAGAGUCAUUGCCUUCGGUAAUCUGCAGACUGCUAGUGAGACUUCCCUGUCGCUGGCACCUUCUUUGGACAGGGACAAAUUCAGAUUCGGCGUGCAGAGCAAAUCUUCGGGAAAGAAGAACAGCAAAGCCAAAAAGCAUCGGAAGAAUAAUAAAAGCAAGAAGAAGAAGAAAAAGAAGAAGAAGAAGAAGAAGAAGAAGAAAAAGAAGAGAAAGAAGAAGAAAUGGAACAGAAACAAGAAGAGGAAACGGAAGAGGAAGAAGAAGAAAAAGAACAGCAUGAAUAACAACAACAGCAGCAGCAGCAGCAAUAACAAUAAGAAAAAGAAAAGGAUAAGAAUGAGAAAAAACAAAGGGAAAAGUGAAAAGGCAAGGAUGAGAAAGCAGUAUAGGAAAGAGCAGAAGAGAAGAAGAAAUAGAAUACGUCAACAGCUUCAGAAUGUUACGACUGGUUACUUCUGUGAUGAUCUUGAUGAAAAAUAUGCCCGUAUAGUUUUUGAGACAUGCAAAGGUUGCACCUUAUUUUCCUUGGAGAAUAUCCAAGCAAUGUGCCGAUUGGAGGAAAGAGUUAUCUAUUCAACUCCUUUAUUUAAAUAUCUUUCUAUUGACGAUUCCAGAGAGUGUCGAAGCUGGUCAAUUGGUAACUACAUAAGCCUAUUGAGCAACAAAUCUUCCUGUGACACUUUGGAAUCACAAGAUGUAACACUUGUUUUGGACAUACUGCAAGAAUGUGCAGAGUUUUAUCGUAAUUAUUCACUGAGUUCAUACUGUUACGACUGUGUUGAUGUUCCUGAUUUCUGUAAGCAACACGAUGCUGUUUACCACAUUCUUCAUUACCUUACAGACAUUGAGUUUACAUCUAUUAGUCCAGAAUAUCUACCGUCUUUGAAAUAUGCUGUUUCUUUUCUACCAAUCAUCCGUAAUCCUGCUACCGAUGUUUUCUUUGAGCACAUUGAGAGACAAAACCUUCACGAAGACAAUGUAGAAUUGAUAGGAGCUAAUUUUGGAAUCAAAGAGAUUCUAUUUAGAAAAUAUCUUUGGUCUGAUAGCGUUUGGCUUAUCAUAACUGCUGUUAGCAUUUUUCUGGCAAUAUGGUUCUAUUCGUUGUCUCUUUUCAUUACAUUUAUGACGUUCCUGGCAAUAUUCUGGUCACUUGUUUUUGCAUACUUUUUCUACAUAUUUGUUCUUGGAAUCGAGUUCUUUCCAUACAUGAAUAUGAUCACUAUCAUGAUAAUGGUUGGAAUCGGUGCUGAUGAUACAUUCAUCUACUGCAGAAUUUGGAAUCGAACAAAAACUGAGAAGACUGUCAAAGAUCUUGAAGAAAUGGUUAUCACUACUCUCAGACAUGCCGUUAUGUCAAUGCUCGUAUCAAGCUUAACGACUGCUGCUGCUUUCCUUGCCAAUGCCAUUAGUGAUAUUAUUGCAAUUCGUUGUUUUAGUAUUUAUGUUGGAAUAUCAGUGAUGUGUAAUUUCUUUUUCAUGGUUACUUGGAUGCCUGCAACUAUUGUUCUCCAUGAGAACCAUUGCUCAAAAGUUCAUUGUACAGGAAUCAUUACCAAAACGCAUUUCUUCUCAUGCCAACGACUGACUAAAGGAUGUAAAUUUGUAUCAAACAUUUCUCAAAAAUUUUUUAAAGAAUUUCUACCAAAUCAAAUUGUCAAGCAUCCUUAUAUUUUGUUGCUUUUUUUUGGAAUGGUUGGCAUAGCCUCAGCUGUUAUUGUAUUCAUCUACCCUGGAGUAAAAUUACCAACCAAAGAAAAAUUCCAGUACUUUUCUUCCAACCACCUCCUGGAAGUUUAUGACAUCAAACUGUGGAAUCACUUUUGGUUUGAGAAAGCAGAAAUAGAUGCAUUUCCUCUAAUGCCCAUCACUAUUGUUUGGGGAAUAAUGCCCAAAGACAAUGGUCAUAUCCUGAACCCUAAUGACCAUGGAACAUUAGAAUUUGACAACCAGUUCAGUUUAGAAUCAGCAGCUGCCCAAACCUGGUUGAUGGAUUUCUGUAGUAGAGUACGCCAGCAACCAUUUUACCAGAAUAUUCCUGGUUAUGCUAUAACUAAUUGCUUCUUUGAAAACUUCCGACAUUACAUGAGUACACCAUGUAUUGGUAAACAUCGCAAACUACAAGGCUGUUGUAAUAUCACUGAAUUCCCUUACAGUGCUGAACUCCUGAAGAGAUGCUUAGAAGUCUACAUCCCCAUACUGAUGGACACCCCUUAUAUUGGCCCCUAUUAUACCAGUUAUCAUCUUCCGGGACCAAGGUUUCAGGACAGACGCAUGCGUGCAUUUUUUGUGGAGUUCAGUAGCACUACUCCUUUUACAUAUGCUUAUGAAAAGCUUUAUGCCUUUUACAAUGAAAUCAAUGAAUGGGUGCAGAAUGAGAUAAAAGCUGCUCCACCUGAACUCUCCCGGGGUUGGUUUGUCAGUUACCUACAAUUCUUUGACCUACAAAGUAGCAUCCUGCAUGGCCUACCGAUUGCUAUGGCCCUGUCCCUAAGUGUAGCUGGAGCUGUGAUAUUUCUGACAACUCUGAAUGUACUUCUGAGUAUAUUUGCCAUGUUUUCAGUCAUUUUCACCAUUCUCACGACUGUUGCCUUUCUCAUUCUUCUUGGCUGGGAGCUGAACAUUCUAGAGUCUGUAGUCAUCACCGUAGCUAUUGGUAUGUCAAUUGACUUCACCCUUCAUUACAGUGUAGCUUAUCGACUGUCAGCUUACAGCGAGAGGAGCUCUCGUGUCAUUUCAUCCAUCAGCUCCAUUGGAUCCGCCAUUGCUAUGGCAUCCUUCACAACCUUUCUUGCUGGUUUGCUUAUGCUCCCGGCAACCGUUUUGGUCUUCAGACAGUUUGGAAUCUUCCUCAUGAUCAUCAUCUCUAGCAGUUGGUUAUAUGCCACUUUCUUUUUCCAGCCAUUAUUAUGUGUACUUGGACCAACUGGAGAUUUCAGUCAAUUUCAUUGGCCCAAGUUUAGAUGCUGCUUAAAAUCUUCUCCGGAAUCAGAACCUUCAUCUUUGAAUGAGAAACAAGAUGACAGAAACAUUGAAUUAAAUGAUCUGAAAGAUAAUGGUGAUAACACAGACAAUCCGGAAUUGUAAUAUAUUUUGUAAUAUAGAAGAAAGAGGUGGGAUUUUAUGGGGUUAAUCUGGUCCCUGUGUGUUCUGGGUUUAAAAUUCUACCAAAGUUGAAUUUCAUUAUCAUUCUUCAAAUGUAAAUAAAUUAAUACCAGUAAUUUACUGAGGUCAGUUCA